AGAACAGUAUAAACACAUCGACUUGUGCCGAUGGGAAGCAGUAACAUUUUACAUUUUCGAGACAAGAUCACCAAAUAACUGAACGGCAGAAGAAGAGAGAUGAGGAUGAAGUUGCAGCUAUCAAAAAUCUUGGUGCCAUUGCUCGUGUGCGCACUGGCUUCUGGAGUCUGGGCGCGCUUUGAGAGCGCUGAUCGUGCGACCAUUGUGAGUGAAUUCAAGUCCGAUUUCGUGGCCGCCGUGCCGGAGAAGCUGAACUUGGAUCAAACAGUGACAGCGUCGGUGGUGCUGAAGCCGGAUGGGAUUCCGACAGUGGUCGGGGGCAAGGCCAGCGCGUACCGAGUUGUGUGGGCAACGUUCCAGCCCACCGCUCUGAGCACGGGCUGGGCACAGUUUGAGCUACACACGAACGGCUCUUAUGCCGACACGGUGCAGGUCCAGGCGGCUGGUUUCCUGGAGGGAUACUUGACAGCGCAGAUGAUAUCGGAUACAUUCAUGAACGUGGUGAAGGAUUACUGCACUGGCAAUGCAGCCACAGUUACCUACUGCCAGAAACUGACUUCAUUCGUCUCAUCCAAUCUUCUGUGGGCCAACGCACAGAGGGCGCUGGCCAGAGACAAGUCGGAAACUGAAAUCGCUUACUGGCAUCAGUAUGGUCUGAUUAUGGAUCAGCUGACAGCUAUGGUGAACGGGUACAACGUUCUCGCCGGGGAUGUCGGCGGAGAGACCCUCGAUCUGCUCGACUUCCUGAUGAUGUCUUACAUGGGCGAUCUGAUCACGCUGGAGAAGGUGUUUGAUCGACCGGAGAGCCUGCGAAGGCACAAGCUAGCCUCCACGUCGUGUUCGGCCAUCGUGAAGGUGGUCGGCGACAACGAGGACGUCCUGUUCUCUCACACGACCUGGUCCAGCUACUACCUCAUGCAACGCGUAUACAAACUGUACGAUCUGCAAGUGAGCACGGACGGGCGAGCGGCAUCGACGGACGCGGAGCCCGUCAUCAUCCACGGUGCCGAGGUUGGCUUCUCCUCGUAUCCGAUGAGCAUGCAGAGUACGGACGACUUCUACACGAUCGGUUCCGGCCUUGCCGUUCUGGAGACGACGAUCAUGAACUACAACGCCUCUCUGUUCGAGGCGAUCACGUUCAGCAACAUGCUGUAUUACUUUCGUGUCCAGAUUGCCAACCGACUUGCCAGCACCGGCGCAGAGUGGACGGAGAUCUUCGCCAAGUACAACAGCGGAACGUACAACAACCAGUGGACGAUUUUCGACUACAAGAAGUUCACGCCGGGAUCAGCGCCCGAGACUGGAGCCUUGACCGUCAUGGAGCAGCUGCCGACGUAUACGCACACGGAAGAUCUGACCAGCCUGCUGCACGCUCAAGGUUACUGGCCAAGCUACAACGCCGCAUACUUCCCACAAGUGCAGAAGCUUGGGGACACCAAGGGUGCCGAGAAAGACUAUGGAGACUUUGUCACGUACGACCAUGCUCCGCGCGCCAAACUCUUUAAGCGAGAUCAUGCCAGUGCCGUCAGCGUCCCGACGCUUUACAAGCUAAUGCGCUCGAACGACUUCAAGCACGACGAGUAUGGACGCUGCAACUGCACACCACCGUAUUCGGGCAUCAACGCCAUCGCCGCUCGCCUAGACCUGAACCCAAAGGACAUGAAGUACGAAUACGCCCUGGACGGUUUCAAACUGGCCGGCGCCACCGACUGCAAGAUCACCAAUGCCGAGAUGAUGAAGAAACUGCAGGCCAACAUCGCGUCUGGUCCAACUUCUGAGCAACAGCCCGUCUUCAAGUGGAGCCAGACCGACGUAGAAAAGCCGCAUGGUCAUCCCGAUGCGUUCAACUUCCCUCCGCUAACCGUUCAAUGGGAAGACGUUACUGCAUGAGUACAAAUUUUCGUCCACGAAAUCUUUCCUUAGAUCACUACACCAGCAGACUUGUUACGUACUAAAUUUCGUUUUUUGGUCGAGGUCUGUCACCCCGAAUUUUCAGACAAAAAAUCUUUAGUUUGGUACAAACUUUAGUUAUUUCGUGCCCCCAAUGAAUAUAGCGAAAGCUAAUUCCAAACGAAAAUUUGUCCUGAUACAGUAGUGUAGAGUUCUAACAUGGACAGACACCUUGUGACGUUUUCAGUCUUGAUCUCAAAAUCGUAUAUCAGGGAAAAAUCUCCAUUAUGGAGAGGUUCAGUGACUUGUUUGCUUCAUACGAAACAAGCCCAAGGGUGCAGUCUCGUCUCGUGAAAAUCUCGUACGAUUGGAUUUGUUUACUCGUGUCUGGGCUGUUUGAUUUGUGAGUAGCGCCGAGAUCGCACUGCCCCAAAUAUAGUUGCGUGCCGGCAAAGCUAGAAUUACGAUCUGCAAUCUGUUUGUAGUACCCGCAAGAAUGUGCUGCACAUGUAUCGUGUUUUCUCUGUUGCGGUUUCAGUUGCCGUCAUGUUGCUAAAGAAAGGUUCAGUGACUCAUUUGUUUCAUACGAGACGAGUCGGUGUGGCUUAGCUUCUUUCGCUGUAGAAGAAAUCUAUUCGUAUCUCUAUUGGAGAAAUCAUUGUAUUCACUGGUUAUAAAAUAGGGUUAAAACAAACUCACAGAGUAAAUACCA